AAAAUAAAUGUUAAACUUUUGUAAUAUUUAAUAUUUCACUAAAUAACGUUUUUAAUUAAUAUUUUUAUCAGCAGAGGAAAACCGACAUAAAUAUCGUUUAGAGGUUAGAAUAAAACACAACAGAUUGAAUGCGCGUUUUAAUGUCGCUGUAUGUCACUCAACGCUGAUUGGACGCAGACUAUUCGUUAUUUAACCUAUCCGUAAUUUAUUUAAAAUUAAAUUGACUUGUGGAUUCAGAAACAAGUAUAUUUUCUUAGAUCUGUAAUUUAGAAUUAAUUUCAUAUAAUAUUAAUUAUUUUAUUUGAAUUACAUCAAGUCAGUAUUAGUUUCUAAUAAGUUAUGUGUUAAAUAAACAAUAACAAAUUAAUUAUUACAAAAUGUGUGAAAAGACCACAACUUCAGCACAUAUGAAAUUGAAAAAUAGUCCAGCAGUAAACAAACCAUUUCGUUCAUUAUUUAAUAACAAUGUUGAUAUUACUCCAAAACAUAAGUCUAACGUUGAAAGUUCGGGAAAAGUAAAUAAUAAAUCACAAGUGGAUACUACUAAACGAAAAUUGUCACGAGAAUUGAUUUUUACCAAAAAAAUACGACUCGAUGUUGAAGAAGAAGAAGAUGUGGAAAAUGUGAAAAUCGAUGAAAGCAUAAACGUAUUUCCAAAUGAUUAUGAAGAAUUAGAAAAGAGAAUAAUAAAAAAACAGAAAGAAAUAGAGACCUUAAAAAACGAAAUUUCAUACUGUAGAAAGAACAAUUCCACUGAUUUGGAAGUGGAUAUUAAACAGUGGAGAUUUGCUUGUCAGGAUGCUCUGGAAAGAUUGCAGAAAGAUUUAGAAAGUAAACGAGGACAGGUAAUGACUAUGGAAGAAAUAUUAUUAUCGUUGGGUAUACCUAAGACUUUAGUAUAUUAUUCUACAGAGAAUGACAUGUUUAUUCAAUAAUGAAAUAUAAUAUAUUUUUUGUUAAUUUUAUUAUAGUACCUUAUGUACAACAUUAAAGUUACCAUUUUGUUGUUAACAAAAUCUAAAGUAUAUAUUUUAUAUUAAUAUUUAUGCGGUCUUAAUGGACGAUCAGGAUUAAAUAAUGGUGGGUCGUUUACAUAUCUUGGGUCUUUUGUAAAAUAUCCCAUUAAACCUUAAAAAGAAAUAUUUAUAUAAUAUUAGUGAUUAACUAAUUAACACAUUUUAUUUCUUAAUAAAUUGUUAAUAAUAAUAAUAGAUCCAACAAUUUUACCAG